GACCAAAUCACCACCAACCAUACAUUGAUCCUCAAGCAAUCUCCGUGUUUUCCACCACGCAUCUCUUCAGCCUUCUCUCUGCUAGUUUCGUGGCUAGGCUGAUAUCACUGUCCAUUUGUUGGCUUGGUCAACCUCUUGAUCUUCGCCGAUCAAGCAACAUGGCUGCCAGAAAUGCUCUUACUGAGAUCCUCAAGAAGCGUGGUCGCCUCCCGUCGGUGUUCUCUCCGCGUGUGCUUGCAGACGCGGUGCCAUGCGCGGCUCACGGGCAAAAGUCAGGCGCAGCUGGAACUGCGGAUUCUGUGGGGGUCACUUCCCCUGAGACGAAUAAGUGGUGUCGUCUGGGAUGGCUUCUGGCAGCCGGUGGAGUAGCCACUCUUCCGGCAGUCGUCAGUCCUUCCGAAUCGAUAGCUUUUUCGGAAGCCUCAUCGGAAGGUAGUGCCGGAAAGUCCGCUAGCGGAGGACCAGAUGGAUCUUUUAAGCCGCAGAUCAUCUUCGUCCUUGGCGGUCCUGGGAGUGGCAAGGGAACUCAGUGCGCCAAGAUUGUAGAGGAAUACGGAUUCACUCACUUGAGCGCUGGCGACCUACUUCGCGCCGAGAUCAAGUCCGGAUCUUCUCACGGAAACAUGAUUCAGAACAUGAUCAAGGAGGGAAAGAUAGUUCCAGCCGAGGUCACUGUUGGUCUUCUUCAGAAGGCAAUGAAGGAGAGCGGGAAUAACAAGUUUCUUAUUGACGGGUUCCCUCGGAACAAUGAUAACAGGACUGUUUUCGAGAAGCAGACUGGAGUCGAUCCUGAGUUUAUUCUAUUCUUUGAUUGCCCAGAGGACGUAAUGGUUAAGCGUCUGCUUGGCAGAAACCAGGGCCGUAUUGACGACAACAUGGAUACUAUCAAAAAAAGGUUCCGGGUCUUCUUGGACCAGAGUAUUCCAGUUGUGAAUCAUUAUGACCUGCGCGGCAAAGUGCGAAAGAUCGAUGCUACCCGUUCCCCAGACGAAGUGUUCCAAGCAGUUUCUCCUCUUUUUACCAAGUUCCGUGAGGGUGAUCUGCUGGACCACACGAAGGCCUUGCUAAAUGCAGUUGACACUGGGGACUACAAGACAUAUUCAAACCUCUCUGAUGCGCAGCUCACCGCCUUCGAGCCAGAAGCACAAGGUGGCUUGGUCAAGGGCCUGGACUUCCACAAGUACUAUUUUGAUCGCAGUUCUGGAAACGGCUCAUCAAAGUCGACCAUGGUUGCACCCCACAUUGCCAUUGCUGGGAAUGCGGGUAUUGUCUCCUACACGCGUCUCAUUCAGAUGACUGAUGCUUCAGGAAAGGUGGAAAGCAAAGCAUUCAACGAGACGAGAGUAUGGGAGAGGCGCAAGACUGCUGACGGAGCUUGGGAGUGGAAGAACAUUCACUUUCACCGGUCCCAAGCACAAGGCUAGUGCAUCUGUAAGGUUGGUCUGCUACAUCAGCAUAUAUAUAUAUAUAGGUCAAGGUGUGGAUGGGAAUGACUCAGCGGGUUUGUUUGGUCCCAUUUGUCAUUCAUACACGUUACCUAGUUCAAAAGAUAGGAUGGUGGUGAGUAAGAUCCUUAUGGUUGCUUUUGGAGCGAACUAUAUGAAGACACACAAGACCUUAUGGUGGAGCAUAUGUUCCAUACUAAUAUCGAACAUUGAACAUCGAUAGCUGAAUGCGCAGGAGGAUCCAACAGAGACGGUUUUGUGCAAGAGGAAUCCAAAUCCAGCCCAACUUUCGAGCUGGUGAG